GAUUUUAUGCCUCAAAAUCUCUGGGGAAAAGGUUGCGUUUCAGAUCUGGCGGCGGCGGCGAAAUACUCACACCGGGAAACCAGUGAAGAGGCGGCGACUUUACACUUCUUUGAAGCUAAUUCUUGGUCGUUGUCUCCGAGGAACAAGACGAUUUCGGAGUUGAUCAAGACUAAUAUGCAGAACCCGGCGACCGGCUCCGGGCCGGCAGCAUAGGACGCGUUCGUGAGAUCCCAGAAUACUUCACUUGACUCCCACCAUUUUUGGUAUCAGCGAAUUCUAAGUUGUAUGAGAUCCAAACUUUUAGAAACUUUAUUACAAUUUUGAAAUUAUUCGAUUGAAAUUUUUACAAAUCCUAAUGAGUUAAUACCCAAAAUGGUCCUCCGACUAUAGCGUAAUUCUUGAUUUAGUCCCGAAGUAUUUUCGUACCCAAUUUAAUCCUCUGUCUUUUGAAACGGUACCCAAUAUCGUCCACCGUUAGAAAUUGAGCGUUUCCAUCGUUAUUAUCAAGGGCAAAGUUGUCAUUUAAAAUUAUUUAGCUAUUUCCUUCGUUGUUAUAUCCAUUAUUUCCGUCCAGAAUUGAGAACACAGCAUCGCAUAGCAUUUCUUUCCUCCUCUGCCCAAGGGUCAAGCCAUUUCUGUCCAGAAUUGAAGAUUUGCUCAAGCCAAGGAGGAUGCAUAAGAGAGAGGCUUCUUCAUUAUCAUCUGGGUCAGUGAAGCAAAGAUUACACUUUGGAGAAUUGAUUCCUAUUCUCCAUUGUAAUUGUGGUAAUGAAUUAACCCUUCAAACCUCAUGGAGUUCUGAGAAUCCUGGACGAAGAUUUUGGAAUUGUGUUGGUAUCAAUGGAAUGCACUCGUGUGGAUUUUUUGCUUGGUUUGAUCCUCCAAUGUGCUUACGGUCGAAGAAAAUCAUUCCCGAAUUGUUGAAGAGGGUGAACCGAAAUGAGGAAGAAAUUGAGAGGCUCAAAGCAUCCAAAUUACGAACCGGCAAUGGUCCAAAAAACGAGUGUAAUGUGAAAUGGCUCAAAGGAUUGUUACUAUUAGCACUAGGAGUAGUAAUAGGACUACUAAUGAGUAAUGUGGUGCCAAAGAAAUGUUCACAACCUACUGAUUUUUAUAGGUUGUCAUGAGCAAUAUGUAAUUGUUCACUAUUUUGUAUGUGCAAUGUUCACUAUGUUUAUGGUUCUUAAUGCCAUGUUUUAUGUUGUGUUGAAA